AUGGCGGCGGCGGCGGCUGCUCGAGCGGUUCCUGGGGGUCCAGGCCUUCGGGGCCUGCAUCGGACACUGCCUCUUGUAGUGAUUCUCGGGGCCACGGGCACCGGCAAAUCCACCUUGGCGUUGGAGCUAGGCCAGCGGCUCGGUGGCGAGAUCGUCAGCGCUGACUCCAUGCAGGUCUAUGAAGGCUUAGACAUCAUCACCAACAAGGUUUCUGUCCAAGAACAGAGAAUCUGCCGGCAUCACAUGAUCAGUUUUGUGGAUCCUCUUGUGACAAAUUACACCGUGGUGGACUUCAGAAACAAGGCAACUACUCUGAUUGAAGAUAUAUUUGCCCGAGACAAAAUUCCCAUUGUCGUGGGAGGAACAAAUUAUUACAUUGAAUCUCUGCUCUGGAAAGUUCUUGUCAAUACCAAGCCCCAGGAGACAGACACUGAGAAAGCGAUUGACCGGAAGGUAGAACUUGAAAAGGAGGAUGGGCAUGCCCUUCACAAGCGCCUUAGCCAGGUGGACCCAGAAAUGGCUGCCAAGCUGCACCCACAUGACAAGCGCAAAGUGGCCAGGAGCUUGCAAGUUUUUGAAGAAACAGGAAUCUCUCAUAGUGAAUUUCUUCAUCGACAACAUGCAGAGGAAGGUGGUGGCCCCCUUGGAGGCCCUCUGAAGUUCCCUAACCCUUGCAUCCUCUGGCUUCAUGCUGACCAGACAGUUCUAGAUGAGCGCUUGGAUAAAAGGGUGGAUGACAUGCUUGCUGCUGGUCUUUUGGAAGAACUAAGAAAUUUUCACAGACGCUAUAAUCUGAAGAAAGUAGCUGAAAAUAGCCAGGACUAUCAACAUGGCAUCUUCCAGUCUAUUGGUUUCAAGGAGUUUCAUGAGUACCUGACCACUGAGGGGAAAUGUGCACCAGAAACUAGUAACCAGCUCCUAAAGAAAGGUAUUGAGGCUCUGAAACAAGUGACUAAGAGAUAUGCCCGGAAGCAAAACCGAUGGGUUAAGAAUCGUUUCUUGAGCAGGCCUGGUUCCAGUGUCCCCCCGGUAUAUGGCUUAGAGGUAUCUGAUGUCUCAAAGUGGGAGAAGUCUGUACUUGAACCUGCUCUUGAAAUCGUGCAAAGUUUCAUCCAGGGUCACAAACCUGUAGCCACUCCAGUAAAGAUACCCUGCAAUGAAGCUGAAAACAAGAGAAGUUACCAUAUGUGUGACCUCUGUAACCGAGUUAUCAUUGGGGACCGCGAAUGGGCAGCGCAUCUAAAAUCCAAGUCUCACUUAUACCAGCUGAAGAAAAGAAGAUUGGACUUGGGUGCUGCCACCACCUUAGGAAGUCAGAGUAUUUCUCCAGAGUGUGUCAAAGAGCUUUGAGAGGAUGGAUCCUCAGGGCUGAAUGAUCAAGAGCUGAAAUCCAGCAUUUAA